AUGUUUAAACAUAAUUUAUUAAAAUGCCCUCGGAACUUAACUGUUUGGAUUAAUCAUAGAACGAAAUCGUCAAAUACAAAUAAAAGUCUUACAGAAUCUAUAGUUAUAGAGGGUAAACAUUAUACUCGUGAUGAGUUCACUAAUGUUACUCCAAAAAUAUUAUCAUAUGUUGGUAUUAAUAAUCACAACCGUUUAGAUCAUCCAAUAUGUUUAUUUAAACAAAGUAUUAUUGAUUUUUUUUAUGGUCAUUUCAAAGGAAGAACAGGUAAUCCAAUAUUUUCUAUUUAUGACAAAAUAAGCCCAGUGGUAACAACAAAUGAAAAUUUUGACUUGCUCUUAGUCCCUAAGGAUCAUCCAAGUAGAAACAAAACUGAUAGCUAUUAUUUAAAUAAAAGUCAUAUGCUUCGAGCUCAUGCUACUGCCCAUCAAUCAGAAUUAAUCAAAAUGGGUUUGGAUAAUUUUAUAAUAUUUGGAGAUGUUUACAGAAGAGAUGAAAUUGACCGUACUCACUAUCCUGUAUUUCACCAAGCUGAUGGGGUACACAUAUUUACCCCAAAUGAAUUAGAAAUAAUAAAUGGAUGCAAUAUAAAUAUAUUUGAUCCAGAAAAAAGUAAUUCAAUUGAAAAGCAAAGCAUUUAUUCUAAAGAAGCAACUAACAUAGUGACCAAUCAUUUAAAAAGUACAUUAGUAUCAAUGAUGAAACAAGUAUUUGGUAAAGAUAUUGAAUAUCGUUGGAUUUCCGAGUCUUUUCCUUUCACACAUCCUUCAUUCGAAUUAGAAGUGUAUUAUAAUAAUCAAUGGAUUGAAGCUUUAGGAUGUGGUGUUAUUAGACAUGAAAUUUUAAAAAAUGUUGGUGCUGGCAAUCGAAUUGGUUGGGCAUUUGGUCUUGGAAUAGAACGCCUAGCAAUGCCAUUUUAUUCUAUACCAGAUAUACGUUUGUUUUGGUCAAAUGAUUCAGGAUUUCUUAGCCAGUUUGAAAAUUUACCUAAAAAUAGACGAAUAAAAUAUAAACCAGUUAGUAUAUAUCCACAAUGCUAUAAUGACCUAAGUUUUUGGUUACCUCAGGAAAAACCAUUUUGUUCCAAUGACUUCUAUGAACUUGUAGGAGAAUAUGGUGGACCAUGUAUUGAACAAGUAAAAUUAAUUGAUCAGUUUGAACAAAAAAAAACUGGACGUAUAAGUCAUUGUUACCGGAUAACUUAUAGACAUUUGGAAAAGACAUUAACCCAAGAAGAAGUAAAUAAAAUGCAUCAAUUAAUCAAAACAUACGCUACACAAAAUUUAGGUGUACAAAUUAGAUAAAAAUUACAAAUUUGAUCUAUAUUUUGAUUAUUCUCGUAUUUUGUAGUUAAUAAUUGUAACUUUAUUAAAUUU